AGGUUAAGUUUUCUUAGGUUAAGUUUGUUAAUGUUAGGUUUGGUUAGUGUUAUGUUCCUUUCUGUUCAUAAACUAUUAUACUAAUUUUCUUUGCGUGUAUGGUAUCAUAAAUAAUCACUUCACAAUAUAUGGUCCAAACUUACUGAAGUUGGGCAAGGAAGUAUGAACUUUAUACCAUGGAGUGGGGCGGAGGCAUCAACCUGGGCGACUUCAUGGUUGCUGCAGCACAGUAUGGGGGUCCCUUGGCUCUGACUCGUGAUGAAACUAAAUUCACCAAGACUCAACAUGCAGGCAAACCUCUGAUAUUUAUCUUCAGCUCCUCUGGAAGGAAAAUUUCUUCAUUUAAAUGGACUAGUGGAUUCCUACUAUCACUGGGCUGGUCACGGAGUGAAGACCUUGUAUGUGUGCAAGAGGAUGGUGCAGUAUCCAUCUAUGAUAUGUUUGGCACCUAUCAACAUACCUUCAACAUGGGACAAGAAGUAAAGGAUACCCAUAUCCAGAGUGCUCAGAUCUUCACUAGCCACAGAGAAACAGGAGUAGCCAUCUUAAGUAAAUCUAAUCGCAUAUUCAUGGUCAGCAAUAUAUACGAACCAAAGACCAGAAAGUACCCAGAUAUUCCUGGUGGUGUAGUGGAGUGCUGGUGUGUUGUCAGGGAAGAACGCCACACAAAUGUUUUAGUUAGCCAGGGUCGUGACCUUCUCCUCCUGAACCACAUAGAACAACGUCCUCAGCCUUUGUAUCCAGAAUGGAAUGAGGCAGGUGGAUGUAUUGUGGAAAUGGCUGUCUCUACAAAUUCUCGUCACAUAGCCCUUCUCUCUGAUACUGGCAAGUUGUGGAUUGGCUCUUCAGAUAUCCGGAUUAAAUACUGCGAGUAUGAUGCCAAGAGUCAGGUCAAGCCAAAACAGCUUGCUUGGUGAGUAUAUUUAUAUUUGAUCUAAUAAU